UUUCUCCUAGUGGUGGAAAAAUUAAACGGGCUGUUGCAUGCUGUGCAGUCAGCAGUACACGAAAAGUAUAACUUAGUUUACUUACCUCUUGGGUUUAUUCUAACUUCUCUUUGUUUUCAUAUUGAAGAAAAAGCGGCUGGAAAGGAACGUUGAUUCCAAAGUUAUGUGUUUAGUCUUUAGACUCUAAAGGAAGAUAGUGAAGAAAUAAUUUUGAAACGAAUUCGAAGAUGGAUUUCUUAGAAUAUCCCGAUGUAAUUGCAGAAGUCAAAGGAGCUAUGACUCCUGGACGAUUGAAAUUAACCGAUCAACAUCUAAUUUUUAAAAAUCAGAAGACAGGCAAAGUAGAACAAAUUUCAGCGUCUGAUAUGGAAAUGGUAAAUUAUCAGAAAUUCAUAGGUACCUGGGGUUUACGGAUAUUUCUUAAGAAUGGAACUUUACAUAGGUUUCGUGGCUUCAAGGAUACAGACCAGGAAAAGAUUGCAAAAUUCUUUGCACAAAAUUACAAGAAAGAUAUGUUAGAAAAAGAACUCAGUUUAAAAGGUUGGAAUUGGGGCACAGCUAGGUUCAAUGGUUCUGUUUUAAGUUUUGACGUUGGUCAUCAUACAGCUUUUGAAAUUCCACUUUAUGAUGUUUCUCAAUGUAAUACUGGAAAGAACGAAGUUACGCUGGAAUUUCAUCAGAAUGACGAUGCUCCCGUAAGUUUAAUGGAAAUGAGAUUCCAUAUUCCAAUUAGCGACAGCGUAGAUCAGGAUCCAGUAGAAGCGUUUCAUCAACAAGUCAUGGACAAAGCUUCUGUUAUUAGCGUCAGCGGAGAUGCUAUUGCUAUAUUUCGAGAAAUUCAAUGUCUUACACCUCGUGGCCGUUACGAUAUCAAAAUAUUUCAGUCAUUCUUUCAAUUGCACGGUAAAACUUUCGAUUACAAAAUUCCAAUGUCAACAGUUUUGAGGCUUUUCCUUCUACCGCACAAGGAUAGCAGGCAGAUGUAUUUUGUGGUCAGUUUAGAUCCGCCUAUCAAACAGGGUCAAACUCGUUAUCACUACUUGGUGUUAUUGUUCAGUCAAGAAGAAGAAACAUCUAUUGAAUUACCUUUCUCCGAGAAAGAAUUGAAAGAAAAGUAUGAAGAUAAAUUGCCGAAAGAGUUGUCGGGACCAACUUACGAGGUGUUGGGGAAGGUAAUGAAAGUAAUAAUUAAUAGGAAAAUUACUGGACCGGGAAAUUUCAUGAGUCACUCUGGAGCACUUGCAAUCAGUUGUUCCUUCAAAGCAGCUGCAGGUCACUUAUAUCCUCUAGAAAGAGGUUUCAUUUAUGUUCACAAACCUCCGAUUCACAUACGUUUUGAAGAAAUAGCAUCUGUAAAUUUUGCACGCGGUGGAGGCUCGACCAGAUCGUUUGAUUUUGAAAUUGAAUUGACCAGUGGUGUGGUUCACACAUUCAGUAGUAUUGAAAAAGAAGAGUACGGAAAACUUUUCGAUUUUAUUACGUCGAAGAAACUCCGUGUUAAAAAUAGAGGCAAGAGCGAUAAAUUGAGUUACGAUAAUGACUUUGGAAACAGUGACCAAGAAGACGAACCGGAUGCUUACUUGGCAAGAGUUAAAGCCGAAGCACAAGAACGGGCUGCGGAAGAUAACCAGGAUUCCGAAGAGGAAUCUACCGAUGAAGAUUUCAAUCCUAAUCAAGAUGAGAGUGACGUGGCAGAGGAAUAUGACAGUAAUCCCAAUACUUCGGAAAGUGAAAAUGAUUCUGAUGCUUCUGGAAAGAGUCAAAAGAAAGAGAAGAAAGAGAAGAAGAAAUCGAAAUCUGCAAAAACGGUGUCAGAGAAGCCUAGAAAAUCCAGAAAGCAAAAGAAAGAAAAGGACGAGAAUAAACCCAAGAGACCGCCAACUGCUUUCAUGAUUUGGUUGAAUAGUACUCGAGAGAAAAUUAAAGCAGAUAAUCCUGGAAUUGCGGUUACAGAGAUUGCCAAGAAAGGAGGAGAAAUGUGGAGAGAGCUAAAGGAUAAAUCUGAAUGGGAGGAAAAAGCAGCAAAGGCAAAAAAAGAGUAUGCAAUUUCGAUAAAAGAGUACAAAGCCAGUGGUGGAGGUAGCCAAACCAACGAUAAGAAAGAAAAAGUUGAUAAGAAAAAGAAAGAGAUAAAGAAAGAAUCUCCUAGUAAACUUCUACCAAAAAGCAGUUUCAAAAGUAAAGAGUAUAUUAGCGAAGAUGAAAGUAGUAGCGAUGAAAAUAGCAAGAAAUCAGGGAAAAAACGCUCUGAUGAUGACAGCGAAGAAGAAAAGGAGGAGAAGAAGAAAGGGGACAAACGUAGCGCGAAAUUAGAAAAACGACGUUCUGAUGAAGAUAGUGAAGAAGAUAAGGAAAAGAAAAAAGGAGAUAAACGUAGUGCGGAUGAUAAUGAUGACAAAGUAACAAAGAAAACAAAAAAAACCGAGUCUGAUGAGGGCAGUGAAGAAGAACCUAUUGAAAGCACUCCACCAUCUAGUGAUGUAGAAUCUAAGGAUAGUGACUAACUACAAAUAAACA